AUGAUUUCUAAAGUCUUUUUCUUGAUUGUCGUUAUUCUAUCAACCAAUGUAUUGUCGAUCCCAAUCAUUAUUACUCCAACCCAUUUUGAGAAACGUGUAGCUCCUUUUAGCAUUUUACCUUCUCUUUUCGGACCUGCAGCACAAAAAUUUGAGAAAAUCUUCUUCGUCGAUAACAACUUUGCUAAAUCUUCACACGGAUUCUUCGGUCCAACUAGCGUUGCUGAUUCCGCGAAAAAGGCUCAUGUUACUGCUUUUGAUAACGCUUUCAUUAAACGUGAUCAUUCAGUUGCACAUCCUUUGAGUUUCUUUGGUCCGGAAGCUCAAAAACUCGAGAAAAUAGUCUUCGCUGAUAAUGUUUUUGGUGCAUCAAAUUCACAUGGAAUCUUCGGUCCAUCUAGCAUUGCUGAUUCCGCAAAAAAGGCUAAGGUUGUUGCAUUUGACGACGCUUUUAUUUAA